UACAAGUGGCAACGCUGUUAAUGGAUACGCUACUCGAUCUGGCAGGGCCGACGGACAGCACAUUUUGAGGUUUACGCAAUUUUCGUCGAUCUCCUCAAAGUAAUUAAUUCCAUUUGAAAAUCGCUGUGCAAUUCAAUUAAAAAUUGCCAUCAAAAUGAUGUCACAAGCAUUUGCUGCUGCCGUCUGUCGGAACGGAGUUGCACUGCGUUGCAGCCGGCGUUCACUGAGUACGGCGAGAUUGCUACGCAAUACGACUCGUGCUCGUCUGGCCCCCAGUGCAGCUUUGACAAAGAGCUGGCAGCCUGUUAGCUGCAUUCCUGCCACAACGGGAAACAUGCAGCAAUAUGUCCGCUCGUAUGCCAACGAGAAGAAAGUGUUCGAACGCACGAAGCCUCACUGUAAUGUGGGCACCAUCGGCCAUGUGGAUCACGGCAAGACGACACUCACUGCGGCUAUAACAAAAGUGCUGGCGGACAAGAAGCUGGCCGAGAGCAAAAAGUACAAUGAGAUUGACAAUGCUCCGGAGGAGAAGGCUCGUGGUAUUACCAUUAAUGUGGCACACGUUGAGUAUCAGACGGAAUCCCGUCAUUAUGGCCAUACUGAUUGUCCUGGUCAUGCUGAUUACAUUAAAAACAUGAUUACGGGUACGGCUCAAAUGGAUGGUGCCAUCUUGGUAGUGGCUGCCACAGAUGGUGCAAUGCCACAGACUCGGGAGCACAUGUUGCUGGCCAAGCAAAUUGGAAUCGAUCAUAUUGUGGUGUUCAUCAACAAGGUCGAUGCUGCUGAUCAGGAAAUGGUGGACCUGGUCGAAAUGGAGAUACGUGAGCUGCUGACCGAAAUGGGCUAUGAUGGCGAUAAGAUUCCCGUAGUGAAAGGUUCUGCAUUGUGCGCUUUGGAGGACAAGAAUCCGGAAAUUGGCUCCGAGGCUAUACUUAAAUUGCUUCAGGAAGUGGAUAGCUUUAUUCCCACACCAGUGCGUGAGUUGGACAAACCAUUCCUGUUGCCCGUGGAAAAUGUGUAUUCCAUUCCUGGUCGUGGUACUGUCGUCACCGGACGUCUGGAGCGUGGUGUGGUCAAGAAAGGAAUGGAAUGCGAGUUUGUUGGCUAUAACAAGGUGCUGAAGUCGACGGUUACAGGCGUUGAGAUGUUCCAUCAGAUCCUUGAGGAAGCUCAGGCUGGUGACCAGUUGGGCGCAUUGGUGCGUGGCGUUAAGCGUGAUGAUAUCAAACGUGGAAUGGUCAUGUGCAAGCCGGGCAGCGUCAAGGCAUUGGAUCAGUUGGAGGCUCAAGUUUACAUUCUGUCAAAGGACGAAGGUGGCCGCACUAAGCCCUUUAUGUCCUUCAUUCAACUUCAGAUGUUUUCACGCACCUGGGACUGUGCGGUUCAGGUGCAAAUACCAGACAAGGAGAUGGUCAUGCCUGGCGAGGAUACCAAACUAAUUCUGCGCUUGAUCCGCCCCAUGGUCUUGGAACAGGGCCAGCGUUUUACGCUACGUGACGGAAAUUUAACAUUAGGCACAGGCGUCGUUACAAAAAUAAUGACUGGACUGACAGAAUCGCAGCGUUUGGAGCUGACGGAGGGCAAAAAGGCGCGUGAGAAGAAGGUCGCUGCCAAGAAGUAAUUAGAAGCGUCUAAUCGCCAUCACCCUGUUUUAUCAGUCAGUCGUAAAUAAAUCUACCUACAUAUAUAGUUUAAUCACUUUAUA